GAAAUUUACUAUUUUCAAAGAAACUAAAAUUAUAAAUGAAGAGCGUUAAGAAAAAAAAUAUACUAAACUACCGACUAAUGAAAAUUGGCAGACUUCACUUGAUAUUUAAUUCAUUGAAUUUACACAUUUUUACCAAAUGGAGUCACGUUGUUAUAUUAUUCAUUUUAUUAAUACCAUUAGUUUUUGAAUUUAUUACUGCAUUUUGUUGCAUUUUAGGAUAUUAUUAUUUAUCUAAUGACCUAAAUGCAUGCGUUCAAAUGAUAUUGAUUAUUUUGGCAAUUUGCACAUCGACAAUUAAAGUCAUAAGAUUCAUUAAAAAACCAAAUGAGUUUUGGGAAUUAUUUAAUGUUAUGAGAGAUGAUUUUUUAUCUUUCGAUGAUUAUAAUAAUGAUAUUAUUUUUAAAUUUAAAAAAAAGUGCACUAAAUUGUCGAAUGCUUACUCAUUAGUAUGGUUUAUAUCAUGGAUGAUAUGGAUAUUUAUUCCCAUAUUCAUUAAAGAAUAUUCCGUAAAAAUUAAGAGUGGCAAUCGAGUAAUUUACCGAUACAAUAUUUUAAAUGCAUUUAUUGGUAUUGUGCCCAUUGAAAAUUAUGAAAACUUAUACCUUGUAAUCUAUGUAAUUGAAGCAGUUAAUGUGACUCAUGCUAUGUUAAUUGUGGUUGUUUAUGAUGUAUUCACUAUGAGCUUAUGUUGGAUAUUAUCAGCACAAUUAAAAACUAUUGCUUCUAGGUACGAAACUUUUGGUCGUGAAACGUUAACAAAUGAGUUGAAAAAUAGUGUGAUAUCAACUGACAUUCUGAAAUUAUUAAUCAAGGAUCAUAUUAAAGUAAACAACAUGAUAAAGAAAUUUAAUCAAUUUACCAAACCCCAGACGAUCAUUCAAUUAGCAAUUAAUUCAAAUAUCUUCAUAAUAACGACAUUCGUUUUUAUUUCGAAUAUUUUUUCAACUAAUAAGACAUCAUUCAAUACAUUAAAUUUAUUAUCAACAGCGUUUGCAAUACUACUAAAUUUAUACAUAUCUUGUUAUUUUUUUGGACAGUUGGAAUAUCAGGAAUCAAGUAUGAAUUUUGCUAUGUACAGUUGUAAUUGGACUAAUAAAGAUAUUAAUUUUAAAAAAAGUUUACUCCUAGCAAUGAACAUGAACAAUGCACACAACAUCGCAAUAAAAGUGACACCAACAAAAUAUGUGAAUUUAGAAUUGUUUUCAAGAAUUCAGUCGUAUGAAAAAUUAGUCGAUGACGAGGAAAAAAAAAUUGACGUUGGUAAAGGAGUAAAAUUAGGAUGGAUAAAAGGCGUAUUAAUACCAUGCUUAUUAAGCAUUUGGGGUGUCAUGCUUUUUCUUCGACUCCCAUGGAUUGUUGGGCAAGCUGGUAUACGGGACUCAAUAAUUAUAAUUUUGAUUUCUCUAACGAUAAUUCUAAUUACAACAUUUUCAUUAUCUGCAAUUAGUACAAAUGGUCGUAUAAGAGGAGGGGGUCUUUAUUUUAUAAUUUCCAGAUCAAUUGGACCGGAAUUUGGUUCUUCAAUUGGUAUUCUUUUAGCACUUGCAAACAUUAUUUCAUCCGCUAUCAAUACUAUUGGCUUUUGUCUAUCUUUAAACCUAUUACUAAAAUCUUAUGAUAUAUACAUAAUGGAUAAUGAAUUUGGGUUUAAAGCUGUUGGAAUAUCUUUAAUAAUUCUAAUGGGCAUAACUUGUGCAAUCGGAAUGGAUAGAGAAGCAAUAGUUCAAGACAUUCUACUUUUCGCAAUUAUAAUAGGUAUUUUUAAUGUUUAUAUUGGCUCAAUUAGAGGUCCAACAAACAUAACUGCGAAAGCGUCUGGAUUUACUGGAUACAACAUGGAAACGUUUAUGAAAAAUUGGUACCCAGACUAUAGAAUGGAGAAUCACAUUAAACUAUCUUUUUUUGCGGUAUUUUCAAUAUUUUUUCCUUCAGUUACUGGCAUACAAGCUGGAGCAAACAUUUCUGGCGAUCUUAAGGAUCCCAGCGCAUCUAUACCUAAGGGCACACUUUUAUCAAUAUUUAUCACAAUAAUGUCUUACAUCAUGUUAGUGUUGGUAAUUGGUUCAGUUCAUCUAAGAGAAGCAAGUGGCAUUCCUGAAGAAUUAUUCAAUGGAACUUAUUUAAAUUGUUCUACAUCUCUUGUACCAGCAUGUAAAGAAGGCUUAUACUCCAAUGUAAAACUUAUGCAGACAAUAUCUUAUUGGCCUGUACUUAUAUACUUAGGAACUUUUGGCGCAACUAUCAGCACUGCCUUAACUGCAUUAAUAUCAGUGCCUAAGAUUUUACAACGAAUGGGCCAGGAUCAGGUUUACCCUCUACUUAAAUACUUAGCAAAAGGAUACGGAAUAACAAACGAACCAUACCAUGCACAUAUUUUUGCUGUAUUGGUUACAUCUACCUUCUUUAUGAUAAGCGAACUCAACAAAGCUGCAUCAUUUAUGUCUACAAUUUAUUUAUGCGCUUACGCUCUUCUUAAUUUGAGCACGUUUCAUGUGGCUCACUUCAAUCAUGUGGGGUGGAGACCUACAUAUAAGUUUUAUAACAAAUGGCUAAGCCUUGCUGGAUCAAUAAUUUGCCUUAGUGUAAUGAUAUCAAUUGACCCAUCAAUGUCAAUGUUUGUUUUUGUCGGUAUUUGGAUAUUAUACAAAAUUGCUUCUAGGAAAAAAGAGGAAGUAAAUUGGGGAUCAUCGAUGAAAAUUCAACGAUACAAAAGCAUAUUGAAAAAUUUGCGUAAUGUGUACAUAAUAAAAUAUCACGCCAAAAACUACUUAACAAAUAUAACUGUGCUAUCAGGUGAACCGAAUCUAAGAAAAGGAUUAAUAUCUUUAGGUCACUUAAUAGCUAACAAAAAUGGUUUAUUAGUGUGUAUCAAUGUAGAAAAGGAAAAACUAUCGCACAAAGAACGGCAAGUUAUUUUGGAUAAAGGGAUAGAAUGGUUAAAAUCCUGUAAAUUGAAUUGUUUAUACAACGUUUUGGAUAGUGUAAAACUAGACGAAGCAGUUCGAAUGACAUACAUGUGCGGUCACGGACAACUCAGGCCAAACAUUGUAUUGGUUGGUUACAAAACAGAUUGGCUUGACAGCUCAGACAAUGAGCUUCAUUCUUAUUUGAACGUUUUCAAUGAAGCUAGUUUGAAUGAAAUUUCAACUUUAAUGGUUCGAUAUCCAUCAAUAGUAAGAAAUAACUCGAUGCCGAAAAAAAAUUGUCCACGCCAAAUUUCACCAAUAGAAAAUAGAAUAGAGCAUUUUGUAAAUAUUCAUACCAGUAGUUUUUUGUUUAUAGACUACCAGCCAAAGAGUACUGUAGACGUAUGGUGGUUAUUUGAUGAUGGAGGAUUAUCCUUAACUAUCGCUUAUUUAAUAAAAUCCAGUAUUUUUUGGAAGGAUUGCAAAUUCCGAAUUUUUGGUGUUGCAGAAGCUAUGAACAUGGAAAUUGAAAAAAAAAAAUUAAAAGAACUUUUAACCAUGUUCCGUGUAAAUUUUGAUUUUGUGGAAAUAAUUGAAGCCAAAAGUACGAGCCAUUCAACAUUAUUGUACUUCUCUUCUUUAUUAAAACGAAUAAAUGAAAAUCAACUAUACAAUCAUAGGUUUAGUAUAGAAAAUACAAGUAAAACGUUAUUUGUAAGAGAUUUAAUAGAAAUUCAUUCAAUGGAAGCGACAUUGAUUAUACUAUCAGUUCCAAAGCCAAUAAUGGAAUUUAACAUAAUUCAUAUGUGUUGGAUUGAUACAAUUACAAGAGUUCUUCCCUUGUGCAUUCUUGUUAAUGGAAAUGAUAUUCCAACGAUCACCGCAUAUGCUUAAAUAUUUAUAAUAAUAGUUUAUAAUAUAAUAAUAAUAGUUAGUUAAAAAACCAAUCGUUCAUAAAUUAAAUGCAAUAAUUUUAAGUCAACUAUUAAUCAAAUUAACUAUCAUACGAUUAACUUAACAAUAUUUUUUUGCUUAUUUCACCUGGUAUUUUAUAAACUUCAUUGAUAUGCACAUGAGUAAAUUAAAAAAAAUAUAUCGAAAUGGUAGCAAAUGGAAUUUACCCCACCUAAAAAAAAAAUACGUAUACCCAUUUAUAUAUAUGAAUAACGUCUUAAAAUUAAGUUUUCAAAGUUAAUUUUUUUCCAAAAUCUAUAUACCUAUCAUGUCAAGCAAGUCUUUAUGAUAAAAAUAAGGAUUCUAAUAAAAUUACCAGAUAAAAAAUUACAUAACACUGUCAAUUACCGUCAAGGUUAAUCCAUUUUCUCUAAAUCUGAUCAGUAUGCAAUCAUCGCUCUGACUGCAUACUCGCUCUUUCAGUUUCUCAAACAAAUUCAUUGCCAGUAUCCUUCAAAAACUCUCGAGAAAUUUUAAACGAAAUGUGAUAACAAGAGAAAUUAAGGUGAUAAAAUUAAUUUGAGAAAGGCUAAUAGGACUCAUGUUCAAAAUAUGUGUAAAAAUUAUGAUUUUUGGGAUUUCCCAUUCACAUGGGAAAAUCUCCUAAUAGCAAAAUGAAAAAAAAUUUUCAAACUGGUCAACAUUUAUAUAACUGUAGAUUAAAAUCCAAAUAUGGUGAAGCUUGACUAUAUGCAAACUUUGUAUUAAGUUUAUAUAUUUUGGAAAAACGAAAUUAUUUGUUUAGCUGUAAUAUGUAUACAUAUGUAUUGAAAACUUAAAAAUAAA